UUGCAAAAAAGAUUAUUUAACACAAUUGGAUAUACUGACAAUGAAAGCACUGGUCCACGAAUACGUCCAGAUUAUGAAACAGAAUCACAAUGUGGGUACAAUAAAUUAAGUGAAAAAAUGAAAACAUUUAGUAUUACAGCUCGAGCUUGGCGUAUAAACUAUAUCAAAGAAAAAUUAAAUUCGAAAAAACCAUUAGUAUCUCAUCCUAUUCCUGUUACUGUUGAUGAAGAACAAAUGCAAUCAGAAGAAA